AUGGCGAAAAUUUACAAAGACACCAGAAUUGACCUCCGGCCAUUCUCACCGGCGACGACCGUGAAUUUCCAGGUCUCGGCCGAAGAGAGACCAACCCGUCGGCCUCGCUUUUCUAUUUCCUCUGCGCAGGAGCAAUCCGAUAUUCCUAUUGCCAAAGAUGAAGAAGAAUUUGCCCGCAGAUACCUCGCGACACAAGGCGCAGUUUACUUCCGCAAGCGCAAGACCUAUCCCAGAACCUUCGUGUGGAGAGUCGUCAAUGACAACAAGACGUUGGAGAUCCAGUGCGCAGACUUGACCAAGAGCGGCACAGAGCACCAUGAGCAUGACAUCACGCUCCGGUUACACUUUACCGAUCAGAUUCUUCCUGCUGGUGUGGCUUUGGCUGACUCGGAGGAGCACGAAGUUCUGAGUGUCUUCGUCAUCACGGAAUCGAAGCAGCUCCAUACCUUGUCCCUCCGAUCUGAGUUCUUCCGACGAUCAGAGUCAAUCGAUGACAAUGUGAGCGAAUGGUGUAAAACCUGCACUCCUGCACCCUUGUCAUUCGCAAACCCUCACAGGCUUCACGCCAGCACUCCCCAAGAGCUCUUCAUCGCCCUCGACAGUGGUGCGCUUUUGCGAUUGACGCGGAGAGCCGGUGACGACGGCUCGCAUUGGACACCUCUCACCUUCGACGAACGAACAUGGGGCGCAUCGAUCCGUGGCCUAGUGAAAUGGCACGCUACCUCUACGAUCAAGCACAAUGGACGGAAUCUCGACUUGAACGUCGCCAACGCCAUUGCCACGACAUCCGAUGACACCUAUGUUUUUGCGAUUUGCUUGAAUCAUACCCUCAAGAUUUGGAAUCUCGCCACCAACAAGCUUGCGGCGACAAAAGACCUUUUGGGUCGCACCAUGGACCCCGAUGCGGUCCCCUACACCUUGAACCCCGCCGAGACGUCCUUCAUUCGGGUGUUCAACGCGGAAAGGGCGAUGGAUGGGAGCCACAGAUAUUAUGUUGUCACCUACUCUCCCUUCGAUGACGGGCGCUUCAAAUUCUGGGCAGUCAAGGGAGGGCUGACAUCUGACCUGGUGAUUGAAGAUCUUUAUGCCGAUGCUGUGUUCCGGCCCAUGGACCCUGAUGUAACGGGUAAUAUGUUCUGGAGCAUCGCAGAUUUCCAUGUGAAGUCAAUGGAAGAAGGAAAAGGCAUGGAGUUAUGGGUGCUAUGGAGAAACCACGGUCUCUAUCAGCUCUACACACUACACUUUGAUUUACAAACUCUCGUCACGGAUUGGACCUCAAAUUGGGUGUCAACAGCAGCCGAGACUCAUCGCCAGCAGUCACUCCCAGCCCCGACAUAUGAAGAGGCUGACGAUCCGACUGAGAAAUGGCUGGCUUAUCUCAUGCAUCCAACUCGGUAUCUACCGGAGGUCCUGGAGACUGCGUUGGCAGUGUAUCAGGAAGCGCUCAGGCCGUUAUCGUCAACCUCCUCCGGUGCGCUCAAGAAAGAUGUGCCGUUGGCCGAGAGGCUCUGCUCGACGAUUGCGCAAAUGGUUUCUCUUCGUAGAUACACCGACGAUGAGAUGGACUACUCCCGAUACCGGAUGGACACAGAUGCCAAGUGGCGUCAGUUUUGGCAAGUUGCCGAGGAUCUCAACAAGCGCAGAUUCGAACCGAUUUCGCUUGCUUACGACUCCUACCACGAAAUGCCCUGGCUUCUGCUUUCCGACUCGUGUGCUGUGAUCAGAGAAUGCAACACGGCCGAAAUACUUAUACACAAUUCGAGUUCCGAACUUCGCGAGGAGGGGCCCAAGAUUGUGGACCGAUGGAGACACCGAAAUUUGCACGCCGAGCUCGGAAAUUUGUACGAGCAAGCUUCAUCCUUGAUCAGAGUAGCCUCCGAUUUCAGGAAAAAGCUGUCUGCGGAGCUGAACGCAGCCUGUCGCGCCGCUCUUGAAAGCGAGAUUUUCACUGAACCUUCUUCCUCGAUAAAUGAUCGCAUGGACAACUUCAGAGAGCGCUGCGAAUUUGGAGAUCGCAUUUCUAACAAAACAUUUGAUGGCCUUGUCGCGGCUUUGAAUGAGUACCAGGAUGCAGAGAACCUGUCAAGUGAUCCGUUCUAUGCUAUCCUUGACACCGUUCCUGUUGGCUUCACUGGUAAAGACUCUGGGCUCACAUCAACUUCUUUCGGCGCACGAGCCAUUGUUGGUGGUGCGCUGGAGACAAUCUCCCUUACGCGCCAGAUCUUGUACGAUCUGUUGAUCCUGGUUGUAUUUGUCGACGGCGAGAUUGAGCAAGGCGACCGGUCAACUUUCCAUGCCACUGAUCUCUUCUCCAGCCUUGUUGACUCACUUCGCGAAUAUGAAAUGAUCAAUUGGCUCAGCUCAAAUGUCCGGAAGUGCCGCGACCGCGUCGCUAUCAGCAUGGGGUCUGGGGCGUCUACUCCUGUCUUUUCUUUGAAGGAAAGAAAGUCAACUCAGAGCAAGAAUCUGCGUACAGCCACCGUUCUGGAAGAUCUUUUUGUUGCGGACAUUAAGCCACGUCAACCGAUCGGUAUGCCUCAAAGCUACACACUCACUCUCGGUGUUAGAGAUUUGCUUGCCUGGGUCACGAGACCUGGCGAAGUCACUUACGCCAACGCGUUGGCAUACAUUCAAUGCGACCUUCUCGCAAAGGACAAUCUCGAUCUCGCCUGGGAUUUCCUCCGUUUCCAAGCAAGCACUCCCUGGGCAACCUAUGUCAAGGGACGCUUGCAUGUUGCAAUGGCCGAGUAUGACAUUGCAGCCAUUUACUUCCGCAAGGCGGCCUACCUAUUAUCUUGUGGCAAACCGCUGGGAAAUCUACACGAGAUGUCCUCUACGCUUCUGGAUCUGGUUGCCGUCAAUUGCUUCCAUAAUGGCAUUCCGAAGUACUACCAGCAUAUCCUUUCCGUCUUUGAGCAAGCGCGCUCGUUCUCCCACGUCGCCGAGUUUGCCAGCCUGGCGCUGCGAGCAUUGGACUCGGAGCCUUGGGCUGAGCACGACCCAGGAUACACCCAGAUGCGAACCGACCUGCUCUCUCGCUUGUUCUUCGCGUCGUUGAAAACCUGCCAGUUUGAUCAAGCUUACUCUGCCUUGGCUCGGUACCAGGAUCUCGCCCUGCAGAGGUCCGCACUUAACUCGCUCAUCACAAAUAUUCUUGCUGUUUCCGGGCCAGGUGUUGCUGGAAUCCAGCAGAUUCUACGGUUCCCCACCGCGCUUGUCCCGAACAUCGCCUCUCAUGUCGAUGAGAUUCUCGUCUCUCUAGCCCGGAAGCAGAAUACCUUCACAUCAUGGGUUGACAUCGACAAUGACGAGGUUGACAUCUCAUCGAUCGAUUACAACCGCAUCCUACAGGCUUACCGGGUCGCUCGUAACGAUUACCGUGGCGCCGCUGAGAUUGCGUACCGCAAUGUGCAGCGCCUGCGUCAGGCAAGAGAUGCGCCUUCGUCUGCUCUCGUCCGCAAGUCACUGAGAGAAACCGAGGUUGCCCAUGUGCCCGAGGACGACCAGGAGAGUAAGGAGAUCCGACAUGAACUCCUAUCAUUGAUCAACUUGCUCGCAUCGGUCGACAAAAAUGAAGCAUACAUCCUUGUGGAGACUAGCCCACCUGCAUCACCAACCGAAGGAACAAGUUCGCUCCAUUCCAAACGCCGACAUCAAGAUGAUGAUGAAAAUGUUUUCAUGGAGGAUGCCCGCCCUGGGUCUUCAUCCCCUAGUGAAGACAGACGCAGAUCAUUAAGUCGAGCAUCAUUCACAUCCUCUGACCGCAGAGGCAGCCGUGGCAGCAUUUCUUUCCAAUCGCCACUUGAUGCACCCCAGAAGCGAGUCAUUGUCACUCUUGAUCAUCUUCGUCGCGAGUACCAAUCCGAACUCGAUCGAGUGAGCCGCAUUGAACGCGGUGACUGGGAAUUCGGAUUACUGGAGGAUGACGAUGAGGAGGCAGCCGAUGAUGAUGAUACGAUGGAAAUGUCAUAG